AUGGGUGGCAGUGGGGGGGACGUCGCCACGCUCGCCCGACCGACUCAUCGAAUCGCCGUUCAAGCCAAGCCAGUUGUCACAAGACAGCCGAGCGAGAAAGACGCGGCCGAAUCGACCUGCGUGUUCUCAAAACUUUACGCGACUAACAACUGCAGUAUACAAAAACAUUUGACUGAGAGUGUUAAGUUGCAAGUUCUAGUGUUGUGGAUGGAUGCGAGAGAUCGACUAGUGGAGGAGAUUGUACUCCUAGCGCUGUUCCUUGUGUCGACUGCAGCCAACUCAUUGGCUUUACUUGUUUUCUGCCGACGACCAGGACUUAGAACAAUUUCAAAUCGGUUUGUCAUCAAUAUACUGGCGACGAAUCUUUUAACAACCUCCCUGCUUGCGCCCGCGCUCUUUGGCGAGCACUCUGCGAGGGAGAACGCCGCGUCGUGGGUAGAGGCUGGUGACGCUGCGGCUGCAGGCAGCAGUUUGGCUGCACUACUGUCCGUCAUGCUCAUUGCGUUGGAUCAGCACCACGCUGUCACUGAUCCACUGCGUUGCCACACUCGCUUGCUGCAGCGCCGUCCCGCUACGCUCUGUGCCGGCACUUGGGUAGCCGCAGCCUGUGCUGCAGUGCUCCGUGCUGCCAUUGCAGUAGUACGACAUUUCUGCCCCCUCGAGCCCGCGCUACAGGGAGUCGAAUUAGCAUACUAUAUAGUGUACUUACUGUUAGGAGUUAUUACACCUAUUGGAAUCGUCUGUAUCAUGUACGCAAGAAUUUAUCGUGCUGCGCGCUCUUCAGGUCUUAGAGCACGAGCUCACGGUGCCAGCGCAUUACAGCUACACGAACCUCCGACAAUUCUACCUGAUCUUGUUGAAGAAGGAGAGGGUCUAACGCUAAAGAUAGACGGACCAGAAAAUUCUGUAAUCGUGGAAAAUGAACGCAAAUUUGGUCCAUUCCUUCUCCCACCGGAACGACCAAUUCGUUGCCCUUCAGUAGCCAGUUUACGCAAUUCUCGAAGAGAAGGAAAGUCUAACGAGGAUCUCAGAAAGGGCCUACCAGCUGUUAGUUCAGCGCCCUUACUAGCAGCACCUCUACUUGCCGUGCAGCAGCGUAUACCUCAACCAUCUCAUGCUGGAUCUAGAAUAUCCUCAAUCAGAUGUCGCAUUUCAAAUGCAUCAUUAUUUAGAUAUAGAGAAGAAUCUCGCGCUGCUCGCGUUGGCCUCCUAACGGGAGCCCUUGUAAUGCUUCAUGUACCGCACGCUGUUACAGCUGUUAUUUCAGCGACUGUGCCUGGCUUGGCUGACUGCGCGCGUACACCGUCGUUGGCGCUAUUACUACUAGCAUCAGCGGCUUCACCGUUCCUAUUCGCGCUGCGAUCGCGGCGAGUGCAAAGAGAAGCACGUCGGCUAUUGUUACCGGAGAAGAGCGCCUGGGAGCGGGCGUCAGGCGUGGCGACUGCUGCUGCAAUAGACGGACAGAGAGCCCGUGCUGCACUGGAGCUUCUGCGUACCUUGUCACCGGGCAACGGCUCUGCUGACACAUCUGCACCGUCAGGGAGUGAGUCCAGCGCCUGCCGAGCCUCGUUCAGCUCGGGCGGCAGCACGCAGCUAUCGUCCGCGUCGGACGAGUGA